CUAGGGAUGGACGGUGAGAAGGCUGCCUGUUUGUAAGCCAAUAUGAGAAUUAUAAAAGGUGCUGGAUUCUCAAUGUGUGAUGUCAUGCUAUCUUCUAUGAGCAUUUAUGUCAGCUGAGCGUAUCGCAAUCCUGUUUAGAAGAUUAUGUAGCUUCAUCCUGACAUCAAAAAUACAGUUUUCAGGUUAAGUUUCUGGAAAGAGACAUUGCUGUUGAGUUUUUCAAAUGUAUUUUUUGCCACCUUAAGCACCACAAGCUGAGUGCCAUCUAGUUCCAUUAUAUUGGAGAGAAGGCAAACGUCUCUACAGCCGAUAUCUCCAACACUCGGCAACUCACACCAAAACAGUCUAGACGGAUAAAUAUCACUUCAGAGCAGAAAGCUUACUGUAGAGCACGUCAACCUUCAAAUAUCAACCUGAGGACCAAGGACCACUUUGGAAGUUUCUUUACAAUGAUCCUACACAAUCAAAAAGCGUUGAGCAUUGAGGAGCUGGCUCUCCGGCUCUCCUUGCACAGCUCCUCAGGUCAAGACUCAGCUGUCCAUUUACAUCUAAAGGAGAAGGGACACUCUUUAAAGGACAGCAACGUACGCAUCAGAUGGUUUGAAAGGAACCAUCUACAUCAAACCGGAACAACCAUCGUAAAACAGAGGAGGUCAGGACCGAGAUGUGACUUGUUUGAGCUUGAAGCUGGGUUUAAAGGACUGCCUAUUUCACCAGAUGUCACUUCCUGUUACGCCUUAAGACACACUGCGUCAAGACUGUGAUAAGUAAGAGUCUCUGGAGGCGACGACAUCAUCAUGCAGAGUGUCAAGUGUGUGCUUGUUGGAGACAGUAAGGUGGGAAAAACCUACCUCAUCUAUACCUACAUCCACAAGAUCUACCCUAAGGAAUACGUACCAUGUUUCUUCCAAACAUACAGCACUCAGGUUAGUGUAGACAGCCAGACUGUCACCCUGAACCUUGGAGACACUGCUGGCAGUGAUGACUACGACCAUCUACGCACCCUCAGCUACCCUCAGGUCAAUGUCAUCAUCAUCUGCUUCUCCGUCUCCAGCCCAACAUCGUAUGAGAAAGUCAAGCUCAAAUGGCUCCCAGAGGUUAAACACUGUUGCCCUGAUGUGCCGAUUCUCCUCGUGGGAACUAAGAAGGAUCUACGUGAUGAUCAGGAGGUCUUGGAGAAACUAAGAGAGCAGGAUCAGACCACAGUCACUCAGGAGCAGGGAAUAACGAUGGCAAAGGAAAUAAAGGCUGUUAAAUAUCUGGAGUGUGCUUCAAUCACUCAGGAUGGGCUGGAUGAGGUGUUUGAAGAGGCUGUGCGUGCAGUUCUCAAUCAUUCAGUCAUCAAAAAGAAACCAUGUGUGGUCAUGUAAGCUAAGGUUGUAUAUAAAUACUGUAUUUUGAUGAUGUGAGUUCAUGGUAGUCUGUGCAUAUCUGUUUGUUUCUGUAUAUCUGAGCAGCUUUAUGUGCUUGUGGGGCAGGCAUGACAUCAGAUUUUCACUGCAGAAUUGUUGUGGCACUGGACUAUUUACAGGAUAUUACAUGUGUAUUAUUAACAUGAUAUCUGUAAGGUUUUUAUUUUUGUGUCACGCACACUUAAUGUGCCCGACCUUCAUGGGUUCACAUGACACCAUUACAAUGACGUUCCGUAACAAUCAUGUACAUGUUAUUUUACUACUCGGACCAUAAACAAAAUACUCUGCCUUCUAUCCCAGGAAAUUCAGCCACAGAAAAGGUUCCCUGUCUGAAACAGAACUUAAAUUUUUCAUGAUCAUCCAGCCAAAAGAAAUCAACAGAUACUGAAAAGUACACUCUUUAUGUCUACAUAUACUGGACUGUAAAACAAGAAGUUAAUCUCAUUCUCAACUUCACCUAAAUUACACAACAAACAAAUUCUGUCCUCCUUUAGGGUGGUGUAAACCUUCCAGUCUCUAAGGCUAACGGUAAUGUUCCUGAGUGUAACUGUGCACACAGGGAUCUUUGUCUUUUGUUCAGGUUAUACUCCACGUAAGGUUCCACAAUGUAGCUAUUCUUUAUGAGACAAUACGUUAUUAGUUUGGUAUAUAUCAUAUUAACAGACCAUGUGAAACAUUCCACUCCUAAUGUCCUGUGUGGUUGUCUAUGGGACUAAAAGUGAAUGCUACAGAUGCAACUUGAUAUAAAAAUGUAUCAGACCACACAUGUUAUAGUUAAAUGUUUGUUGUUUUAGGACUCCUUUAUUUAUUUAUUUUUUAUAUUUAGUUUGCUGAUGUGUAAAUGUAUAAUUUAAUAAAAUAAAUAACAUGUUCUGGCCAUCUUAGUUUGCUCAAA